AGCCUGGCGUCUGUCGAUUCGCGACUCCUUCAGAGGAACUGUUUCUCUCUCUCUCUCUCUCUGACUCCGACGGACGGCACACUUUCAGGCAUACCUCCCGCGACUCCGACAACAUCUCUCCUCCCUCCUGUUUACUGUGAAGUUCAGUUUUGACGACUCUCUCUCCUUCUGUUCAAGUAUCCUUCACAGUUGAUUAGGGCACAGAUUCUCUCUCCUCUCUACCGAGAAGCUAAGAAAGAUUUUCGGGUGUAGCUUGGUUGGACCUUUUGCCAUUUCUUUGAGAAUCUCCACCUCGACGCUGUCGUGCAAUCUGAUUAUCUGAGAAAUGGUAAUUCCUCCACCUGUCAGACCUGAAAGAGUUAUAAAGUUUCUUAAACCGUAUGUCUUGAAGAUUCACGUUACAAACAAGUAUGUAAAUGCCCAAGUUUUCCACACACCAACAGCGACAGUGGCCUCUGCAGCAAGCACACAAGAAAAGGCCCUGAGGGUAAGCAUGGGUAAAAACUACGAGAGUACCCAUGAUGUUGGUGCUGCCUCAAAGAUAGGAAAGAUACUGGGGGAGCGCCUGCUGAUUAAUAAUAUCCCCGCUGUUUCUGUAUGCUUCAAGAGAGAACAGAGAUAUCAUGGCAAGGUGAAGGCGGUAAUUGAUUCUUUAAGGGAAGCAGGUGUCAAACUGGUUUGAAUGAAGACUCCACUCUUGGUUUUGUUAACUUGACAGGUAUUUUGGGGUGCAACAACAGAAGCUUAGCUAUGUGUUGGUGUGAGUUUGUUUUACCAGGAGGGGAUUUGUGUUGGUGUUCCAUCAUACACUCAUUGAACUUGGAUAUAGCUUGUGAUAUUCUUACCGACUUCAAACUGAUUAGUGAUAUUCUUCUUAAUGAUUUGAUAUUU